ACUAUAUUGUGCAGCAUCAUGCCUCCUCACCACCUUCACCUAACUGGAAAAACAGCGAUGCUCAACAGUGGUGACAGAUCCUUGGAGCAUUUGUAAAUGUUUUAUAAAUGCUCCAGGGUACGAGCAGAAACAAUCUGCUGGUGAAACUGAUUGUACUGGGUUAUUUACAUCUAAUGAUAAAUAACCAGUAUUUUCAUAACCACAUUGGAUGUGAUGUCACAGGAACAAACAAUCUUUUUACAAAGGUUCGUCACUAUAGAAAUGCUAUCUUUCACUCAAGCAGCAUGGAAUUAGAAGAAAGUGAGGCAAAUACUUACUUAGACGAUAUGAUAGCAGUUUUACAAGAUGGUAAAGAGCUAUUACACCGAUCAGAUGCCCAGAUAGCAGUGAAGAAACUUCAAGAUCUGAAGAAGAAAGAUUUCAUUAUUACCACUGAAGGCUUUGAAGUAAUCCUGAGAGAAAUUAAGGAAGAAAUGGCAAAAGUUCUGAAAUCGACAGAAAGUGCUGCAACUAAAGAGGAACAUGAUGAUCUGAAGAACAAGCUAUUAGAACUUGAAACCAAGGUGUCCAAAGUAAAUGACGAAAAUCUGGAGAAUGCAGAAUUGAAAAAGAAACUUGGAGUCUUGGAGACACUUGUUUCAGAACAGAAAGAGGAGAUGGCAAAAAUUAAGACAGUAACUUCCUCAGGUCAAAGUCAGGCAGAGUAUGAGCAAACCAAGUUUAGGUGAGUAAAUAUUUGUUUUGAUGGUGUACAUACAAGUGUAUGAUAUUGCCAUUAAUAUAAUAAAAACGAGCUGAAUGUCAUCCUUACUUUAAUAUUUUUGAAAUUAAUAUGAUAUAAUUAUUAAAUACUACGGAUCAUACAAUAUCAUUAAAUUUAUAAUAUUAUUAAAUUUAUGAAAUUACAAUGUAACAUUUGAUUAUAUCCUACCAUAUAAUGUGGUUGGUGCUA